AUGUCUAAGUUGGUCGAACAGUUCUUGAAGUUGAAGCCGCCGAAGUUCGACGGAAAGGGUGACCCCGAGGCCGCGCCGCGUUGGGUCGAAGAAUUGGAGAAGGCAUUCGAAGUUCUGGGGUGCACCAAAGUUGAAAGGGUGACUUUGGUGGUGUAUCAAUUGCAAGAUGAUGCUAAUGACUGGUGGAAGGCCACCAAGGGCAGAGUAUUUCUCAAGGGGACCGCCCAGACUUGGGCCAUGUUUACUGAGAAUUUUUAUGGGAAGUAUUUCUCCAAGAGUGCCAGAGAGAGGAAGUUAGCGGAGUUCAUGAGGCUCUGCCAAGAAUCGAUGACCGUGGACCAAUACAAGGCGAAAUUUGCGAGACUGUUGAAGAUCUCGCCUAGGAUGGUUGAGGACCCUCAGGAUAAGGUCCGAAGAUUUCGGGAUGGGCUGAAACUGGAUCUCCGAAGCCAAAUGAUAUCGCUCAACAUUAAGGAUUAUGGGGAGAUGUACGAGCGAGCACAGGCUAUAGAGCGAGAUCAGGUGGACAGGGCUGCCGCUUCUGGAUCGUGA